AUGUAUCCCGCCACCGCUUAUGCGCGCCCGCUGGCAGAAGCCAGUCACUUUGAAGAAUGGUUGAAAAUAGCCAUGAGAUGGAAGAACGGAAAGCAGUAUAGAUCAGUGGCUCCGACAAAGAAAGAAAAGGUUGACGGGAGCAAGGGAGAACUAGUGGGACUCUCAACACCACCAGCUUCUCCCUUGAAGCCAAUAUCCUUAUCCUCCUUGGACUCUUUAGUGCCGAUCCGACCCUACUCAAUCACCUGUCCCUUGGUCCUUCCAGUAUCCGAAUAUUCAUCGUUGGACCCAUUGUGUUUGACGUCACCAGCGGUAGUUGCACCAUCCGGUCAUGCACUGGUAGCUAACUCGGAUUCUACUGCAACAUGGGUAGCCAACCUCCCAUACCGCAAUAAAUCCUCUAAACCUCCAUAUGCUCCUCCUUCUCCUCCUCCAGAGCAAGUAUCUCGAUUCGAAAACGAGUUCUUCGAAGUCAAAACAUCUCCAAAGGGCGGUCUAGGUUGUUUCGCACAGAAAGAUAUCAAAUGUGGAACUGCAAUCCAUUCCGAGGAACCUCUAUUCACAUGUUCAGUUCUGCAGGUUCACUACAACUUUGAACAAUUGACAGCAGAACAACAAGCUGCCUAUAUGGAUUUGCACUGCUGGCAUGGCCUUGCUAGCCACAAGAUUGUUGCGAUUUAUCAAACGAACCGGUUCCACAUAAGCGGCGGCAAAGCUGGAAUCUUCCUCAAUUCCUCUCGAUUCAACCACGCCUGUCCUGGCUUCCGCAAUUGCAGCUACACCUUUCAUAAAGACAUCAACAAAAUGGUCUUCACAACCAUCGAUGACAUAACCAAGGGCCAAGAGCUUACCAUUGCAUAUUCGAGUAUUCCGAAUCACUUGUAUCAAAACUAUGGAUUCUUCUGCGAUUGUCCGUCAUGUCCUCCUUGGGAGUCGGCGUACAAGGUGUGGAAAGUUGAGGAUGAAUUGAGGAAGAAGGAGGCGUUGGAUAGUGGUAAGGAGGUUGAGCUGGAGACUUAUCCGGUCAACACGGCGUGGGAAAAUGGUGUUUAUGAGUGGUAG